CUCAUACCUCUGCCCCCAGCAAUGGGCAUUGUAGUUGACGGCAACGGGCCGCGAGAGGAGCUAGCCCUCUACAAGGCACGGCAUGCAUACCUCCCUGCCACCUCGCCCUCUUACGGAAGUGCGUAGGGAACAGCAAGAUCGCGAUGUUCAGAGCGAUGGCUGACUAUGGAGCUUUUCCGCGCGCUGUGCUCGCCUCAGUCGAUUCUCCAAUGGGUCUCAUCAGCUCGUUUGCAUUCGCACCAAUGUAUCUGUACGCCUCGAUGAAGGGCAAAUUUGACUUCUGGCGCAAUCUGCUUGAGAAGACACUUCUUCGCCCUGCAGCAACAACGAGCCAGGAUGAUCCAGCAGUCGACCUCUCCAUUCCUACCCUUGACGCGGGCUGCGGACGCGGACUUGUUCUGGUACAGACGGCCAAGAUACGGGCCCAGUUGGCCGGCACUAUGAUCACGGAGACUCGACUGGCCAAGUCAGUCGGCAUCGACCUCUUCAUCCCGUCAGAUCAGACCGGCAACUCCGUGGACGCGACGUGCUCGAAUUUGGUCGCUGAGGGUGUCGCAGAGGUUACCGAGCUAUACAAGGCGUCCUUCCUUGCGCUGCCUUUCGAAGACAGCACGUUCGGUUUGGUGACCAGCAGUCUUGCUUUGCACAAUCCCAAGCGUAAAGAAGAUCGCUUGAAGGCCGUUGCUGAGCUCGGUCGCGUGCUCAAGCCUGGAGGCACUCUCCUUGUUCUCGAUCUGGGUGGAUACGUGCGAUACUUCCGCAACCACGUCAGGGACGACAUGGGAUGGAGGGACGUCGACAUGACUUGGGCUGGAAUCGGCACAAGUUUCGGGGCUUGGCCGACAUACGUUCUGAAAGCCAAGAAACCGGUGUAGGCCAGUCAUUGCGUGAGAAGCAGUGUUCAUCUGGCGCACCUCAUGAAGAUGCAG